GCGCGGUGCAAGAGUUUCCCGUUUUUCACCUCGAAAAAAAUCAAAUACCAACCAACCCUGAGCGAAGUAUUUUCCCUCUCGCAUAUUAUUUUAUUUUAGUUUCGUUUGAAUUAAAAGAUUAAAAGUCGCGAAUGAUUUUUGUAUGAAGAAAAAAGACUUGUUAGGAAAAAAAUAGGAUUUAUCGAUGAAUGGUGGUAGUGAUAGAGACGAUAAAGGUAGGGAGAAAAGUGUCCGGGAUAAGCGCGGAGCACACACACACAAGUGCGGAAUAAGAAGAUAUAAUAAUAAUAAAUAAAUACGUCGGGUCGCAUCAGCUGUACGGGAUACCCGAUUCAAAUUCAGCGCAUGCCUAGCCCCACUUAGGGCGACGAGGUGGGGGGGCACAACAGCUGAGCGGUGAUACAAACUGAAACUCAAAACAUCAAGUUGUCAGUUUACUCCGUUUCGCCAUAAGGAGAACGUGGAGAUAAUAUGCUAAGCUAGCCGGGUGCCUGGCACUUGAGGACUUAGACAGAUAUAUCGUUUUCUCCUGCUGAAGAGGCGGCCCAGUCGAGCGCGAGUCCUAGUGGGUGAUUAUUAUUAUUUUUGAUUUUGUGUGCGGCGAUUCGAUUUUACUUUUCCGGCGAAAAUUGUUUUGGAUAUGUUGCCGCAAAGUAUGGACACUCGGUCCGAUACGCCUUCCCUAAGUGGUCAACCCGUUUUUGGAUCGCAAAUGGUUGACAAAAAUUCGACGACACCCUACUCUGAUGCUACUCAGACGAAGAAAAACAAUCCGAACCACAUCAAAAGGCCUAUGAACGCGUUCAUGGUGUGGUCGCAGAUAGAGCGCAGAAAAAUCUGCGAGGUGAGCCCGGACAUGCACAACGCCGAGAUAUCGAAGCGGCUCGGCAGACGAUGGAAGCAGCUGAGCGACGACGAGCGCCAGCCGUUCAUCGAAGAGGCGGAGCGAUUGCGCCAGUUGCACCAGAAAGAGUACCCGGACUACAAGUACCGUCCGAGAAAGAAGAGCACCAAGCCGGCGCCGAAGAGCGCCUCGAAGAAAUCGAAGAAAUCGAAGGUGCAAAAGAACGAUACGAACAACAACACGUCGCCGUCGAACGAGAAGAUAUUCGCGAGGCGCAGCGCCGUACCGGAAUCGGUGGCGUCGAAAUUGAAGUUCCGUUUGACGGGCUUGGCCGAGCACAAGCAGACCGGCGAGGAAACGCAGCAGCAGCAGCAACAACAGCAGGAUUUGCUGAGGCAGAGCGUGCCGUUGCCGCCGAUGAGCUUCCUGGCCAAAGUGCCGUCGAGUCCUUCGUGCGAUACGCCCGAUUCGCCGGAGAGCGCGACCAUCUACGACGAUACGUGGGUGAGCAAUUUUUCGACGAUCAAAGAGGAGCCGGAGGAUAAGCUGCCGCACGCCCAGAUCACGGUGACGACGUUAGACGAUUUGGACGGUAUCAAUUUGUUCCCGAUGGACGGGUUGAAUUUGGAGGAGCUGGCUGAUAUCGAUACGAAUUUCGACACGGCUUCGAACAGUUCCAGUUCGCAUUUAGACUUCUCCUGUCCGAAGGACAUCCCGUUGUUCUCGUGUAAUGAAAACACUUGGGGUGAUAUGCAAAACAAUGAAUAUAUGAUCCAUUGAAAGAGACUAAGACUGUUUUUGAGAUUUUACUGUGUGUGGAGAAUACACGAUACUGUUAAAUAUUUUGGGGUUGGUCCUCAUUAUAUAAAACGAUGGCCACAUCGACAAUUUUUAUAUUGUUAUAAAUAUUCUUAACCCCAAUAUUGAUCUCAUUUUAUGUUUAUUAUUUUUGUAUUUAUCAUAACGUAUUACCAGAAUCUACCAGUAAGCCAGUCAUUUUAGAUCGAGAACUCGUGUAAAGUUUUUUAUUAAUAAUUGUAUUUUGUACAUACGGAUAUUUUAUUAAACGGCGUGUUUGUUCGUACUAUGAAAUUUAUACGGAAGUUGAUUUUGUCGAUUAUUUCGGUCUCAUUGAUGUCGUUUCUCUCUAAAAUGAUUGUACACGAAUAGUGCCUAGCUCAGUACGUUUGUCGACCCCGGGUAGCCCGGCAUUAGUUUUCGACUUUUUAAAUACUGUUCACCUCAUAAAACGGUAACAGAAAAAAAAACAAAAACAGGCUGUGAUUCAUCUAUUCGAUGACCAAUAUUUAGUUGUCAAAAGUCCGUGUAGUCAUUUUACUGUUGGUUCUGCUAGCUGCUUAAACUUCGGUUCGUUUCAAUUCAGCAACGUUGGUGUUACAAAUGAAAAAAUAUAUAUGUGUAUAAGUAUGUCAUAAGGGAAAAGUUAUCGCCAAAAAAUAACGUAUUCAACGGUCGGAGCGAGUAAAAUACCUUCUGAAUUUUAAACAGGGUAUAACAAAUUAUUUUUUUUUUCUUUUCUCCAUUUUGUUCUGUUCUGUUUGUAAAUAGCGGUUACUUUUUGGCAUAUACUUAGGUUCGAUUUCGGGUGCAUGCAUUUGUCAUCGAUUUUCAAACGUUCAAGCUAGGUUUGCUCUUUUAAAACAACUUUAAACUGCUAAAAUUCAAACUCGAUGGAUAAAUAAAAACACUCCGUCAACGUUUUAAACGUUCUCGCCUGGUGUUUUUUAGUUAACUAAAAUGUGAUAGAAAGAAUCUUUAUAUCGUCGUGCGAGAAGAGUCUCAUUAUCAUUUUCAUUCUCGCAUGUACAGGGUGUCGCAAAGAAAUCGAUUAUAUAUCAACCCUCAACACCCUGUAUAUCUCGCUUAGUUGUUUUACAAAUUAAUCGGUACAGUUGUUUUCACAGGGUAAGCCUAAAAACUAAUUUACAUUCAUAACUAAUAGGUAAACAUUCUAGUGUUUUCGAUUACUAAUUUUGCGUCCGGUUUGACAAAAAUUCUAAUUAAAUAGCGAAAAGUUGGUCCAACAAAACGAAAUUCGUCGUAUUUAUUAAUUUAUUUAAGUUCGUCCAGAAUUGUACUUAAAAGAGAAAAAAACAAAUAGAAUUCCGAUUUGUAAAGCUGUAAAAAAUUUUACCUAAAAUCGAGCACUUGGGUGGUAGUAGUUGUAGAAAUCGAUAUUCGAUAAAAAAAAAUCGAUAAAACAGUAGAAUAGUAACGUUUGUGCAGCUGUCAAUUCGGGUUGAAUUAUAUGUUUUAACGGUACGAAGCUAAACAAAAUUUUUUCGAUUAGUUGUACUUAAGAAAAAAAGAAGGGAGAAAAUAAACGAAAAUACCAUUCGAUUCUAGUCGGUGAAAAUUUUGCGCGGUUUUCGAUUUUCCACGGAAUCGGACGAUUCGCCAGGGAAUCGCCUGCCAGUGAGAACAGUACCUAUACAUUUACGCUAACGGUCCAUUUUGGUAAUUUUUUAAAACAAAAAAAAAAUCAACGCACAAACUUUGUAAUAGACAAUUAAUAGCAUUAAAGUUUUUAAAAAAAAUUUCAGUAUAACGUAGAGAGCAACGUCGAUAUUCUUAUAACAAGAAAAUAAAAAAAUAUAUAUUUGAAAGCGCUAUAGCGGCGCCAAUGUGUGCUUUCAGUGUACUAGCAUUACUAUUAUUAGAUUUGGACUGUCCGUAUAUUAAUAAUAAUAUUAUAAAUAUAUAAAUAUAUAUUAAGAGUUUUGAAAUUUUGAAAUUUUAAGAGGCCUGUCUGUAAGUAUGAAUAAAGUAGAGUACAAUAAACUUGUCAAAGUGCCCGGCCGAGAAUUGGGAUAAGUGCAAUUAAAAACUCGAUUUACAUUAUAUCUAAAUACGAAGAUUCACAGGUGGUGAAUAUCUGAAUAAUAUCCCAGCGGAUAGUAAACUUUAUUCGACUCAUCCGGUCCAAUAAUAAAGUGUAAAAUCCAGGCUUUGACGGGUUUAUUUCGGUGUAUUUUUGUACCCAAUAAAAACAUUGUUUGAAGCGGGUCGGUUGCUGUCUUUAUUCCAGACGUACUGUUGACUGAUUUAGAUGUAGGUUCAUAGGGUACUGCGCUUAUCGUUUAUUUUGUUAUGCGGACGUUGUUUUUUUUUUGACUCCCGUGUCGUUUUGGAAGCAGGCUCCACAAUCGAUCUCGCACCUUUGUACAUAAUCUGUAAAAAUUGCUCAUGUAAAAAUUGUUUUUGUUAAAAUGUACUGUUUAUUCGUGAAAGGCGCGCCGAACGACCGCCGGAGGAUGGACUUUUUCGGCGGUCCUUCGGCCGCCUUUUUGGGUUUAUGCAAUCCUUUGCAAUAAUUAUUAGUGAACGUCGGGGGAGUUUUGACUUGUCUUUCAAUUCAAGUCGAAAUUCCGGCGAUGGGUUUUUUUUUGUAUAAAAUCAAAUAAAAGUUAGGUUGUCGCGUUGUUGAUUUUUAAUUCUGGCGGACGACGAGAAAGUAAAAAAAAUUAAAGUUAGCAAUAUUUUUGCAUAUUACUACCUUGGUGUAUAUUUCAGGCAUUUUUUAAGCCCAUAUGUAUUAUAUUCAUAUUACUCUAUUAAAGUUAUUAUAUAGUGUGUAAAUUUUGUAUUGUAGUUGCUGUUAAAUAUAUUAUAAUAUGGCAAAUAAA